AUGCAGAAGAGAAGACGUGUGACAAGAGCCUGUGACGAAUGUCGCAGGAAGAAGAUUAAAUGUGACGGCAAGCAGCCGUGUACGCAUUGUACAGUCUAUAGCUAUGAAUGUACAUAUGAUCAACCCUCGAACCGGCGUCGCAAUGCUCAACCCCAAUAUAUUGAAGCUCUCGAAAACGAAUUGAAGCGUGCAAAGGCUGUAAUUGGUGCUCUUCUACCCAAUCUACCCAUCGACCUCAAAGAUCCGAAUCUUGAACAGAAGCUUCAGGCCGGCAUGCUGUCUCACAUGAGUCAAGCAGGCGCACAUAGCAAUACCGUGAUUGGACAAGGAAACGGGUUUCGAGCUGACACGGAAGAAGGAGUAGACUCAGGUCGCCUUGAAUCUAUGGUCAAAGCUACCGGCAACCUUGACUUGGACGAGCAAGGUUACUGGGAUUACCACGGUGGAUCUUCAGGUCUCACCUUCAUACGACGGAUGCGCGAGCAACUAGGGGACAUUAUAGGUCCAGAGGGACAGGGUACACCAUUCGUAAAAUCACGACCAUUAUCAACCGUCUUCGAUUCUCCCAAGUCGUCCGAAUCGCCGCUUGACUCCAAUGCGCCUCACCACGGACUCGAUGUCGUAGACCUUCCCCCUCGGGAGGAAGCGUGGAAGCUUUGCCAGCUCGCUAUCAUCGACGCUACUGCCAUCAUUCGCUUCGUCCACAUGCCAUCAUUUAAACAGUCCUUUGACAGAAUAUACGACAAUACCCACGACAACUAUAGCCACGACGAUCACACUUUCUUACCUCUACUGUACGCAGCUCUUGCCGUUGGCACGCUGUUCAGUAAGGAUGAUGGUGAACUGGACAAGUUGGGAUAUGAGAGUGCGAUUGACAAAGGCUUUAAGUACUUCCAGGCCUCACGAAAAUUAUUAGAUAUUGCUGAAUGCAGGGAUAUCCCGUCCAUUCAGGCCGUCAUCUUUAUGAUCCUAUUUCUGCAAAGCUCUGCGAAGCUAUCGACAUGCUACUCUUAUAUAGGUGUUGCGAUACGAUCUGCUCUUCGUCUAGGUCUGCAUCGUUCAUUCAACGCAAAGUUCAAUUGUAUCGAACAGGAGCUGCGCAAACGAAUCUUCUGGGUUAUUCGAAAAAUCGAUCUCUACGUUGGUGCACUUAUAGGUCUACCUUAUACCCUCAAUGACGAGGAUAUAGACCAGGACUUUCCUUCAGAGGUCGAUGACGAAUACAUCACAAAGGAAGAGAUCCGACCGUUUCCAGCCGGGAAAACCUCCGUGAUGACUGCCUUCAAUCAUCAUGCUAAAUUGAUGAUCAUCAUAGGUCGCGUGGUCCGUGCAAUAUAUCCUAUCAAGGGCACCACCUCAGCAGAAACAGGUCUUACUGGCCAAAAUUAUACUGUGAGCUUAACGACUAUCCGCGACAUUGAGCAACAGCUAGAGCAAUGGAGGAGCUCCCUUCCGUCGGGUCUUCGUCCUGGCGGCGAUGAUAAUCGUAUCAUUUUUCGAUGUCAGCAUAUGUUACGACUAGUUUAUGCGCAUGCGCAGAUGAUGCUGUACCGACCAUUCCUUCACUACGUAUGCGAUCAAUACCGGUCCAAAGAUAUUGACCCACGAGCUUACGCAUGCGCUGUUGCCUGUGUCAGCGUUGCGCGAAACGCUGUCCACAUCGCUGUAGAGAUGAAGGCUCGGCAUCUGUUGGCUGGCGCCUACUGGUCUACAAUGUAUACGACAUACUUCUCGAUCAUGUCGUUGAUGUUUUUCGUUCUCCAAAACCCUGAUGAUCCCACGAGUCGCCAAGUACUGCGAGACGCGCAGGCCGGGAAGGAUACGCUUUCGCAAUUGGCGAAGAGAAGUCUAGCUGCAGAUCGAUGCUCAGUCACUUUAGCGACCGUUUUCGAGCAAGUCCCGGAGCACCUUCGUAAGGCCCGUAUACCACCCCUGACUCACAAGAAAAGACCUCAUCAGCCUCGGCCUAAUCCCCUUACUUCUUCUCAGCCAGACUUGAGUGUAAGCACUAAGAGCUCUGUUUUCAAGCCUCGUCGCGCUUCUACAUGUCCUGAUAACAUUUCUAAUCCAUUCAAGACUACAAAUCCUUACAAUUCGCAUCUGGUACAACAGCAGAUACCUCUUGGUAUGGAAUACCAAAUUUCGCCACAACGUUCCAGCUUUGAGCCAACACCUGGUAUGACCCCCUCAUCGGCAUCAUCAGCAAGUUUCAAUCGACCUCUAUCUGAGCAAUUUCCUGGAACGCCUGUCAUUAAUGGUUUUGCCACCACCUCGGAAUUCGGACCACCCGUCACAGACAUGAGCGCCAUGAUGUUUCCGUCCGCUGAUCCAUUCGCGUACCCCAACCAACCAAUGACAACGUUCGAGAAUAACAGUCAACCAUUCGGAAACCAGUCUGAACAGGAUUUGAAAAAUAUAACUUUCAUGGAUACGUCUGGACAGUCUCUGAACGACUCUCUGAUGAACGGAAAUCAGGGCCAAAUGGUUUACGAGAGUACCGGUAUACAAGAUGAUGUACAACUCUUCGGCACAGUGCCAAUGUACAUGCUUCAGAACUCCGCCACACAUGCCCAGUCGUUCACGCAAAAUCCGAAUCCUCACCAGUUCCCUGUGAUAGGGACACAAUCCAGCCCAAUGAGCGUCAAUUUAGCCAUGGACGGUCCUGACUUCAUUGGUGAUGAAUGGUCGAUGCCAUACAUGCACCAGGGCGGAUACCAGUAUGGCAAUACGGACAGCUCGAACACUGGAUUGUGA